AUGCCAGUAGUUUUCCAAUUUGAAAAUCUAACAGGCAACAUAGACAAUUACACUGUUUUCGCCAAUGAAGUACCAUUAGUUGAUACUGAUAAUGUUGUGAACACUAUUACAGUAAAUGGUUUUACCAAUGCAAGUGUUAUCUUCAAUCUUCUCGCCUUGGAUGCAAACAGGCUGCCGAUUUUUUAUUCAUUCCAACUGUAUUUUGGAUCUAUUUCAACCCUUAUUCGUGUUUCAUAUGCAAAUGGUACUUCUGCUGAAGGAGUCACGAUUUAUGUUAAUUUGACAAGUAAUCUGCUUGUAAGUCAAAGUGGUCUAACCGAUGCAAAUGGUACGAUCACUUUCAAAAAUCUACCAAGCUUGACUGUAUCCAUUUUUGCUCACAGUCCAGAUAAUCAGGUGGCCAGAAUAGGUUUAGUACCAUCGUCUUCAGUUGUCUUCCUAGUUUUGGUGCCAUUCGAUACCCAAAAUAUUGCUUUGAUUGGGACCGAGGAAAUUAUUACCGUAAAUACAAGCAGGGUGGCGGAAGUGCAAACAAUUUCAAGAAUAUUUUCUAGUCCACCAUCAGCUACUGAAGUUCAUGUAGAAUAUCAAUUCAUUACCUUAGAGAUCCCUGGAAAUUAUUUUGGUUCACGAUAUAACGACUAUUUCAGUGUAGUUUUGCGCUCAAAAAUGGGACAAUAUGUUAUGAAAACUGAUAGUAUGAAUGGUCUUGGUCUCGGAGCGUUUAACUAUAGUACAGGUGCUACGCAAUGGUACAGACUUAGUUUACCAGUGGGUCCUGUGUCGGAGGUGAUACGAUUAGACGUCAAUGUUGCUAAUGUUGGCGACAGUGCUGUUGACUCGCUAGUAAAUGCUCGUCUUAUUGGACCUGAAGAAUGUAGCCUUUGUGAGAAAAACUGUUUCAACUGUACUUCAGAACCCAUGUGUCGUGAAACAUGCUCGAAUCCACCAAUAAAUAGUUGCUUGUUUUAUCGCGAGUGUAUGGAGACAAAAGCAAAAUGUGGCUUAACUGGAUAUCCCAUUGCAUAUGGCUUGCAAUAUUGUUCGAAAUUCUUAACUUUAUCGAAUCAAUUUAGUUCUAGCGGACAAACGUGGAUCACGAAUGCCAUGGCUUGUUUGCAACAAGCUUUAGGUUUGCCAUUGAUAAAUUGCGAUAGCUGUUGUGCUCUACAACAGAUCGCAUUUGAUUCACAUCCACAAUGCUAUAUUGAUAAUGGUAUUUGCAAUUUGCCUGCAACGGAUUGGAUGUGGAUUGUAACAAUUGUUGGAAAAGAUGUUUUAAAUCGAGAUAUUUUCAUUCAGGCACUGAAAGCUCAGCCUCAAUGCAUUCCAACUGUGUUGGCAGUAAUAGAAGCACAAAUAGCUAGCGAAUCAAGCUCUAUCAAAAAUGCACUGGCAAUUGUUCACCAUUGGUUACAAUCCUUGUGA